AUCCCCAUAUUUCCGACAGCACCUUAAGGCAGCAUUAGUUAGACGUUUAGCGGUGUCGCGUCGCUGCGAACAAACAACCCGGCGGAACAAACAAAGCGAGAGAAAACAAACAUGAAACGUCGCGGAGAUGUCACGACAGCGACUGUGGCAACAUUUCUUCUCCUGCUCUGCCUCUUUUCAGUCCGAGGCGACUACUGCGAGGUGAACCUUUGCCACAAUGGAGGAACAUGUGUGACCGGGGUCGGGGACGAGCCGUUCAUCUGCAUCUGCGCGGACGGCUUCGGUGGAGACACCUGCAACCUGACAGAGACAGGGCCCUGCAGUCCGAACCCCUGCAGGAACGACGGGUCGUGCGAGAUCAUCACUCCGACCAGACGAGGAGACGUCUUUAACGAGUACAUCUGCAAGUGCCAGCCGGGCUUCGAGGGGGCGCACUGCCAGAUCAAUGUGAACGACUGCGCCAACCAGCCCUGCAACAAUGGCGGGAUAUGCCGGGAUCUCGAUGGAGACUACACCUGCCAGUGUCCCUCGCCGUAUGUGGGGAAGCAGUGCCAGCUACGUUGCAUUUCCCUGCUGGGGAUGGAGGGAGGAGCGAUCGUGGAGUCCCAGAUCUCGGCUUCCUCUGUGCACUACGGCAUCCUGGGGCUUCAGCGUUGGGGCCCCGAGUUGGCUCGACUCAACAACCAAGGCAUCGUCAAUGCCUGGACGUCCGCCGCCCACGACAGGAACCCCUGGAUCGAGAUCAACAUGCAGAAGAAGAUGCGUCUGACGGGCAUCAUCACUCAGGGCGCCAGUCGCAUGGGCACGGCGGAGUACAUCAAGGCCUUCAAGGUGGCGAGCAGCUUUGAUGGAAACUCUUACACCACUUACAGAGUGGAUGGCCAACGGAGGGACAAGGUUUUCGUGGGCAACGCAGAUAACGACAGCACAAAGACCAACAUGUUCGACCCUCCCAUCGUGGCCCAGUACAUCCGCAUCAUCCCUGUGGUUUGCCGCAGGGCCUGCACGCUGCGCAUGGAGCUGGUGGGCUGUGAGCUCAAUGUUUAUUCAAACGCGGCAGGUUGCUCAGAGCCUCUGGGAAUGAAGUCUCGCCUCGUCUCGGACGGGCAGCUCUCGGCCUCCAGCUCUUUCCGCACGUGGGGCAUCGACACCUUCACGUGGCACCCCCAGUUUGCCCGGCUGGAUAAGCAGGGGAAGACGAAUGCCUGGUCGCCUGCCCACAGCAACCGCUCGGAGUGGAUCCAGGUCGAUCUGGAGAAGACAAAGCGCCUCACAGGCAUCAUCACUCAGGGGGCCAAGGACUUCGGAGUGGUGCAGUUUGUGUCGGUGUUUAAAGUCGCGUACAGUAACGAUGGGGAGUCAUGGAGCACUGUGAAGGAGGAGAACACCAGCAAUGAUAAGCUUUUCCAAGGCAACAUCGACAACAACACCCACAAGAAGAACCUGUUCGAGCCUCCGUUCUACGCCCGCUACGUCCGAGUCGUCCCCUGGGAGUGGCACGAGCGCAUCACUCUACGCAUGGAGCUGCUGGGCUGCGAUGACUAGAAACCCACCGGCCCAUUGCUCCAUCUCCGCAGACCACAGCAGAGGAGUGGAUCUCAGACGGGAUCGUGUGUUCUGUGCUCCGUUGGUUUCUCUGGAUAAAGACCCUGUUGGCUGCUGGGACUGUAACACUCGUAGCACUUUCUGACUAGAGACUUUUUUAUGUUUGUGUUAAUAGAAUUGUUUGACAUUGCUCACAAACUAUGAAAUAUCCAUGAUUUGACUUUUAAUAGCUUUGGAUCUAAACAGAAUUUGCAUAGAGUUGCUGCAUAAUUUUCUCCUUCUCAGAACUCAAAUUGAUUUCCGGGUGAGGACUCUUGAUGAUAAUUCACCUCUUGCAGCUAUACUUGUUAGAUUGGCAGUUUUCUGUCUUUCAUUUGCAGUCAAGCACCAGUUAAAAACCCUGCAAAUUUUUUACAGUCUGCAGAGGAAAGACAGCAAACAUCCUCACAAUCGCGCCCUCACUAUGCACAUCAUCGUCCAGCUGUUCGCUCGAUAGCAUGAUGGCGCAGGGCCUGUGCAAUAUAGACAAUAUUUCAAUCCUGGAAGAGAUAAUAUGUCCAAAAGUAGAAUAUGAACCUUAAAAACUGCUGCACACAGCUCCUGCAAUCAGACGAUGGAACGACAAACUGAAGGGCUUUUUGCAAGUUUUUCAUGUUUUUUU